AUGGCAACCCGCGCGCUGCCCGGGCCGCUGUGGCGGGCGGGAGGUGAGGGUGUCGCGGCGCUGGCUACCGGCGGGGCUCCGAGCGCCGAGAGGCCCGGGCGGUCGGGGCCGCUUAAGGAUGAGACCUUGGGCGUGGCGUCCGUGCCCUCGCAGUGGAGGGGCGUCCAGGGCAUCCGCGGGGAGACGAAAAGCUGCCAGACGGCCAGCAUCGCCACCGCGGAGGCCUCUGCCCAGGCCCGGCAGCAUGUGGACGCCCAGGUGCAGACGGAGGCCCCCGAGCCGCCCAGCGUGCAGCCGCUGUCGAGCCGAGACGCCCCCCGGCUUGCAGCCUUUCUUCGCAGAGUGGAGGCCACGGUCAUCCGGGAGCUGAACAAGAACUGGCAGAGCCACGCCUUCGAUGGCUUCGAGGUGAACUGGACCGAGCAGCAGCAGACGGUGUCCUGUCUACACACCCUGGGCUACCCCCCCGCCCAAGGCCAGGGGCUGCACGUGACCAGCGUCUCCUGGAACAGCACCGGCUCCGUGCUGGCCUGUGCCUAUGGCCGGCUGGACGAUGGGGACUGGAGCACACUCAGGUCCUACGUGUGUACCUGGAACCUGGACCGGCGAGGCCUGCACCCGCAGCAGCCGUCGGCAGUGGUGGAGGUGCCCAGCGCCGUCAUGUGCCUGGCCUUCCACCCCACGCAGCCGGCCCACGUCGCAGGAGGCCUGUACAGUGGUGAGGUGCUGGUGUGGGACAUGAGCCGGCCCGAGGACCCGCUGCUGUGCCGCACAGGCCUCACCGACGACACCCACACGGACCCCGUGUACCAGGUGGUUUGGCUGCCCGAGCCCCGCCACGGCCACCGCUUCCAGGUGCUGAGCGUGGCCCCCGACGGCAAGGUGCUGCUCUGGCAGGCGGUUGGGGCCGGCCGUCUGCAGCUCGCCGAGGGCUUUGCCCUGGUCACGCAGCAGCUGCCACGCAGCACCAAGCUGAAGAAGCCCUCCCGGGGGGAGACGGAGGUGGGCGCCACGGCGGUGAGCUUCUCCAGCUUUGACCCCAGCCUCUUCGUCCUGGGCACGGAAGGCGGCUUCCCCCUCAAGUGUUCUCGGGGGGCCGAAGAGGCGGCCCUCACGCGCAUGCCCAGCUCGGUGCCCCUGCGCGCCCCGGCACAGUUCACCUUCUCACCCCACGGCGGCCCCGUCUACUCUGUGAGCUGCUCCCCCUUCCACAGGAACCUCUUCCUGAGCGCGGGCACCGAUGGCCACGUGCACUUGUACUCCAUGCUGCAGGCGCAGCCCCUCGCCUCGCUGCAGCUGUCGCACAAGUACCUGUUCGCUGUGCGCUGGUCCCCAGUGCGCCCCCUGGUCUUUGCAGCUGCUUCUGGGGAAGGGGAGGUGCUGCUGUUCGACCUCCACAGGAGCUCCCAGAAGCCCACAGUCUCCAUCAAGCAGACCCAGGACGGGAGCCCCGUCUACUGCCUGGAAUUCAACCACCAGCAGACGCAGCUCUUGGCUGCUGGUGACGCCAAGGGCACCGUGAAGGUGUGGCAGCUGAGCACAGAGUUCACCGUGCAGGGACCCCGGGAAACGGAGGACUUGGACCAGCUGGCUGCGGAAGUGGCCACCUGAGGGCGCCGGGGGCGGGGCAUGUGUUUCUGAGCUGAAUGAAGGAGCAAAGCUUU